CCAGAUAAAAGGAAAGCAUUAGAAGAGACCAAAGCCUACACAACUCAGUCUCUAGCCAGUGUUGCUUAUCAGAUCAAUGCACUGGCCAACAAUGUAUUGCAACUGCUGGACAUCCAAGCAUCCCAGCUACGGAGGAUGGAGUCCUCCAUCAACCAUAUCUCCCAGACUGUGGACAUCCACAAAGAAAAGGUUGCUCGCAGAGAGAUAGGCAUUUUGACAACCAAUAAGAACACAUCAAGAACUCACAAAAUUAUAGCGCCAGCGAACAUGGAACGUCCUGUAAGGUAUAUUCGAAAACCUAUAGACUACACGGUGCUGGAUGAUGUUGGCCAUGGCGUGAAGCAUGGAAAUAACCAGCCUGCAAGAACUGGCACCUUGUCAAGAACAAAUCCGCCUACACAAAAACCACCAAGUCCUCCCAUGUCAGGCCGGGGAACUCUGGGACGAAAUACUCCUUACAAAACCCUGGAGCCAGUCAAACCACCAACAGUCCCCAAUGAUUACAUGACCAGUCCUGCCAGGCUGGGCAGUCAGCACAGUCCAGGAAGGACAGCUUCCUUGAACCAGAGACCACGAACACACAGUGGUAGUAGUGGAGGAAGCGGCAGUCGAGAGAACAGUGGCAGCAGCAGUAUUGGCAUUCCCAUUGCCGUGCCUACACCUUCACCGCCAACCAUUGGACCAGCACAUAUUUCUGUUCCUCCUCCUCCUGGAGCCCCGCCAGCACCACCACUGCCACCACCUCUCCCGAUGGGCAGUCUGAUAGCUGCUCCGGGUUCAGCUCCUGGUUCCCAGUAUGGCACAAUGACCAGGCAAAUCUCGCGACACAACUCUACCACUUCUUCAGCAUCUUCUGGUGGAUACAGACGGAAUACUUCUGUGACUGCCCCAUUUUCUGCUCAACCUCAUGUUAAUGGCGGGCCUCUUUAUUCUCAAAAUUCAAUUUCUAUCGCUCCACCCCCUCCCCCUAUGCCUCAGUUGACUCCACAGAUACCUCUCACAGGCUUCGUGGCCAGGGUGCAGGAAAACAUUGCUGAUAGCCCGACUCCUCCCCCACCACCGCCUCCCGAUGAGAUGCCGAUGUUUGAUGACUCUCCUCCUCCUCCACCCCCACCCCCCGUGGAUUAUGAGGAUGAGGAGGCUGCUGUUGUGCAGUACAGUGAUCCCUAUGCAGAUGGAGAUCCUGCUUGGGCACCUAAAAACUAUAUAGAGAAAGUUGUUGCUAUAUAUGACUAUACAAAGGACAAAGAUGAUGAGCUGUCGUUUAUGGAGGGUGCAAUCAUUUAUGUGAUAAAGAAGAACGAUGACGGCUGGUAUGAAGGAGUUUGCAAUCGAGUAACUGGCUUGUUUCCUGGGAAUUAUGUUGAAUCAAUCAUGCACUAUGCUGAUUAAAACCCUUUGCUUUUCAAAGUUGGGUCUUGUAUUCAGUCAUACCAUGAUUAUUUACAAGGGGUAACUAAAAGCUAACAGAAUUGUCUUAAUAUACUUUCAAAAAGAAAAUGUGCCCAUUUCUUCAGGCCAUACUGUUUUAAUGGUAUGAUUGAAUGUCCAUCUCUCUGAGUCUCUGAAGACAUUAUGUCUUACCUGAUAGCAAUUUGUAAAACAAGCAACUGUCUAUAACUGGUUAUACUUAUUUACUUAUGCAUUGUUAAUUUUAUGACCAGCCUAAAUAUUCUGGGGAAGUAGGGUAUAAUAUUUAAUGAACCAUGAUUCAGAUUGUGCCAUUACAUUUUUCAGUACAGCAUGGUAACUAACACUACGUUAGACUAAUAUAUUAAAAUCUGGAUGAAAAGUUUAAUGUUAGUGCUGGUCAUACUACUUUUUGUUUAGACUCUUUGCUCAUUCUUGAACUGUAUUUGUUUAAAGCAUGCAUACAAACUUAUGUAUUGAAAUAUACUUUUUUAAAAAUCCAAGAUGCUUCCAAUUGUUGUAAUAUUUACCUGGAGUAUUCUCACUAAAGUCUAUUACAAUGAGUUGUUUGGGUCUAAGGUGUCCAUGUGAAUCAAAAAAUGGGUGGUCUUAUGUAUGUGUAAUUUGUACCCAAGUUUUUUUAAUGAGUAAAUUUACAUUAUGACUUUUUCCAUUCAUAAAUAUAUAAGUGAACCAAA